CGGUCGUGGGUCGCGGGUUGGCCAUACGUCAUACUCGAGGUGGGGAGCGCACACUGUGCCAAGCCACCAUCUCGGAAAGUGCAGCUCGACCUCUUGCGAGAUGGUGAAGCUCGCCAGACUUCUCGAUGCCACCACUGCGACAGGUUUCGAUUGCGCUUAAUGCUGCUAGAGGAGCGCAACUGGGUUCCAGGACUAUACGUCAACAUGGGCGUAUAUUCAACAGGAGCUGCUCCUGUUCUGCGUCGGCGCAAUCCCACCCGGUGAUCACCGUCUCAUCGGAAGCAUCGCAAAAUGCGCGGCAGAUUCACACGACCACCGACCCGCCCACGCCUCCUACAGACCACCGCACACUCGCCCAGAGCCACAAUCUUUUCAUCACAUCGCCAUACAGCCCUGGCUCGCCGCUCAUCCUCCCCAAUGGCGCCUACGUCUUCCAAAAGUUGCAGUCAUUUCUGCGCGCACAAUAUCCGCAAUUCGGCUUCCAGGAAGUCAUCACCCCCACGAUAUACAAGAAGUCGCUUUGGGAAAAGUCUGGGCACUGGGAGAACUAUGCCGAAGAUAUGUUCAGCGUCCAGGGACGAGGCGCAACAGGCCAGGAGGGGAGAGAGGCGGGAGAGGAUGAAGAAUUUGGACUGAAACCCAUGAACUGUCCAGGCCAUUGCUUGCUGUUUGAUAGUGAGAUCAAGAGCUAUCGAGAUCUCCCUGUUCGAUUGGCAGACUUUAGCGCACUGCAUCGAAACGAGAUCUCGGGGGCCCUCACAGGCUUGACGAGAGUGCGACGCUUUCACCAGGACGACGCUCACAUUUUCUGUCGCCCUGACCAGAUCUUGUCUGAGAUUGAACAGACGUUAAAGUUUGUGGGCAUGGUGUAUAAAACAUUCGGCCUCGGUCCAUACAAGCUGCUCCUGUCCACCCGGCCCAAGGACAGCUUCAUUGGCACCAUCGAAGAAUGGGAUCAAGCAGAACAGCAGCUAACCACCGCUCUGAACAACAUCGGUAGCGAAUGGGCCAUAAACGAAGGAGAUGGCGCUUUCUAUGGGCCAAAGAUCGAUAUUAUUCUCAAAGACUCGAACGGCAAAGAGCAUCAAACUGCGACCAUCCAGCUCGACUUCCAGCUCCCACAACGGUUUGGCUUGCAAUACCAAGCCUCGCCGGAAGAGUUAGAAAAAGACUCGCAGUCGUCAAUGAACGCCGGCCUUGAUCCUAAGUACCGUCGUCCCGUCAUCGUGCACCGGGCCAUCUACGGCUCAAUUGAACGCUUCAUGGCAUUGCUGAUCGAGCACUACGCUGGAAAAUACCCCUUGUGGCUAUCUCCUCGUCCAGCCAUCGUCCUCUCUCUAAACUCUGAUCCCCAAACCCUGGAUUACGUCGCCUAUGUCCAGUCCGUACUGUCCGGUAUCACGCCACAAUAUCCAUAUGAUAUGCCUGUGUCCUCAGACCCCCAACCUUUACCUAUGUCGACUGUUCAUCUCCCUGUCGAUGUUGAUACGAGCCCUCGUUCGCUCGGCAAGAAAAUUGCUGAGGCAAAGGUCAAGAAAUACAACUAUAUCAUUGUCGUUGGUAGCAAUGAAGUGGAGAGUGGGGGAGUCAGUCUGCAAAUCAACAACCAACCUAAUAUGGAGGCGACGAAGAGUAUUCUAGACGCUGUUAUAGGGAAAAAGGCAUCGACUGAGCAGCAGAAGGUCAAGGGUAGCGUGAAUUUGGAGCUCAAUGUUGCUAGACAGUAUUUUGAGGACCUUGUCGAUGCGUACCUAUAGGGUAGAUUGAAAAGAGAGAGAUGACGGGCUAGGGCAUAUAUGAUGAUCCAUGUCUAUCACUUUCAACGAGACUAUCUUAAGUGGAUGGAGUAUGCUCCAUUCUCACGCCAAGCUGCAGCAUAGACUUGAUUCUCGUCUUCAAUUGGUUGAUCAACACUACAAUUAACUUUUCAUUAAAUUUUAUAGCACAAAGCCGUCAUUCUCGAAGACUUGCAAUAGCACCAAAUCGACAUGGUGCUAUACUAUGAGUACUGCUUCGAAAUUGUGCUGACACAACUCAAGAGGUUGAAUAACGUUCUUGAUGAUCUCACUGCGCCAACUCUUGCGCGUCUGACCCGCACUCGUCAGACACCACUUCACUGCAGCUUCAUAAUCCUCGCCAGCAUAGGAGGAGACAUCGUGUGACCAUGCAAUUGCCGUUGUCAGGUUGCACGCGAUUCUGAACUCUUCGG